UCCCGAAUGAUGCGUAGGGAAAAAAUAUUUCCUUGGCAUGAAUUUCACUGAAGACCACUACAGAUUUAUCUCAAUCCUAAAAAUCUGGCACGUCUGUCUGGCGUCGGGACUAUUGUUAUUGCCAGCACGCACAGCACGUCGGACGACUUUUGACGUUACACAACCCAAGAUGACUGCAAAGCUACCUACAACAUGUAAAAUAUUUUCAUUUCAGGAUUACAGAUCCACACCCGAUCCCGUAUAUGAUCUUAAUCCAGAAUGUUUACAGCCAUCUCCGGCACCUAUAAUUAUCGAUAACGGCUCCUUCCAGACCCGGGCCGGGUGGGCCUGUGCGGGGGACGGGCUGUCCCAGCCGCUGCUGCAGUUUAAAUCUGUGGCGGCACGGAGUCGAGGGGCGGCCCGCAGCGAGACGCAGAUCGGUAACGACAUUCCCAACCUGGAGCCGCUACGCUGGCUCUUAAAGAGUCAGUUCGACAGAAAUGUCGUCGUCAACUUCGAAAUCCAAGAACUUAUGUUCGACUACAUCUUCAUGCACCUGGGGAUCGGCACGGAGGGUGGCGUGGAUCACCCCGUCGUGCUCACCGAGGCGCCCUGCAAUCCUCUGCACUGCCGGCAGAUGAUGUCGGAGCUGCUGUUUGAAUGCUACCGCGUCCCUCAGCUGUCCUACGGGGUGGACAGUCUGUACAGCUUCUACUACAACAACAUUCAGCAAGCAGUUGCACAGCCACACACAGGGGUGGUCAUCUCCUCUGGGUACCACUGCUCGCACAUCCUCCCUGUUAUCAAUGGCAGGCUGGAUGCAGGGAACUGUAAGCGCGUGAAUGUGGGGGGCAGCCAUGCAGCUGCGUACCUGCAGCGCCUCCUGCAGCUGAAGUACCCGGGACACCUGGCGGCUGUGACGCUCAGUCGCAUGGAGGAGCUUCUCCAUGAACACAGCUACACAGCACUGGACUACCAAGAAGAGCUGGAGAAGUGGCGCAGUGCGGAGUUCUACGAGCGCGAGGUUCACCGGCUGCAGCUGCCCUUCUCCUCCAAGCUGCUGGGGGGCGCUGUGAGCGUGGAGGAGCGGCAGGAGAAACGUGCGCAGCAGCUGCGGCGGCUGCAGGAGAUCAACGCCCGCAACGCUCGGCGCCGCGAGGAGAAGCUGCAGCAGGACCAGGAUCGUCUGGACAAACUGCUGGCUGUGCAGGAGCUGCUGGAUGAUGGCUUGCUGGAGCAGUUCCACAGGCGUCUGGUGGAGCUGAACAUGGACUCUUCAGAGGAACUGCAGUCCUACAUCAGCAAGCUGAGCCUGGCGGUGGAGCAGGGCCGCCAGCGAGCGCUGCACAGCGAGGGGCUGGACAGCAAGGCCACGAUUUCAGAGCUGGAGGCCCCUAUGGAUGAAGGUGAGGCUGUGUUGGAGAUUGAACCCGAGAUCACAGAGGAUAACACAGAGGGAGAGAAGCCUGUCAGCGUUGUGCAGCCUGUGUUCAACAUGGCUGAGUAUCACCAGCUGUUUGUGGGGACGGAGCGGCUGCGGGUUCCAGAAAUCCUGUUCCAGCCGUCUCUGAUUGGGGAGGAGCAGAUGGGCCUGAUGGAGGCGCUGCAGUUUGUGUUGGAAAGAUACACUCCUGAGCAGCAGGAGGCGCUGGUGCAAAAUGUGUUCCUGACGGGAGGAAAUAUGCAGUACCCGGGCAUGAAGGAGCGCGUGGAGCGAGAGCUGCUCGCCAUGAGACCCUUCCAGUCACACUUCCAGGUUUCCAUGGCAACGCAGCCUGCCCUGGACGCCUGGUUCGGGGCGCGGCAGUGGGUGCUGCAGAACGGCAGCGGUGGCCUGGGCUGGGUGACCCGACAGGACUAUGAGGAGAAAGGGGGAGAGUAUCUGACUGAACACUGUGCCUCCAACACCUUCAUCCCCAUGAGGAUCAGCAAGCCGCCUGCCCGGGAGCUCCCAGCACCCCCCCGAGCCAACCCUGAACCUCUCCCCACCUGCACUGUGACAUCAUCAGUGUGACAUCGUCACCAUGACAUUAUCUCACGGCAGUUCUCUGCUGUGUGUGUCUACAGCAGUGCUGUGGAAAGCCGCUUCCUGCGAGACUGCUGCAGGACGGUUCUUGUUUUCUUGUCUUGGAUCCUGCUCUUAAUUUUUUUGAGUGCCGAAUCAUUUUGCUCUGUUUGAUAACAUCCUUCACAGUGUGUGCCCAGCACACAGGUGUUGGUAUUACGUGAUCAGUGAGCACAUGCUUUGGUGUGGACACAGCACAACAGAUGCAGCAAAUUCGGCCAAGAAAAGCAACAUGUGCACUGCCCCUGUGGAGGGAGAAUUUCUUAUUAAAAAAGUCUCGAUGACGAGCCUUGAUGUGGACUCACAGUGUUGUGUGCAAGACCACAUAUCACUUAUUACAACACACUGCCAGAGACACACGUUCACUCUGCUGCCCCGACAUAUUUCGGCAGACUUUUUAUAGCUCAUAUUAUUCAUGUGCAUAUAAAAAAUCCUCAGUAGAUCCUGCUCCUUGCUGUUUGUUUAUUCUAGGGAAUCAGUCAGCUGUUGUAGGUGACUGACAUGAUAAUGUCUCAUUUUGAUGAUGUCAUUAAAGAGGCCUGUGUUGCCCCCUGCUGCUGAUCUGUAUGAGCUCUGGCAGCAGAUGGAGUUGCCACUGGAUUUACUGUUGGCACGGAUAC